AGCUCCUCCUCCAACUGCUCCCUGUUUAUCUGCAAAACAAGGUUGGAAGUGAGCACGUGCGCAAAGGACGCAAUAAUCUGCUCGACUCUGCCUCCAGUGACAUAAUCCAAAAUGGCAGCCACCAUCGGGAAACUGCUGAGGACUUCUGCGAGGGUUGCAGCAGGAGGGCUGAAAGUCGCAGCAGCCUGUCAGCAUGGAGCCUGCGGAGCAGCGAGAGUCCUCACCGCUCCUGCGCUCCAGAGAUCCUGUUUCUCCACCAGCACUUCCAGAUGGGCCCCUGCUGUCACCCAGCCUGCUCCUGCUUUUAAAGGGACAGCUGUCCACAAUGGGGAGUUCAAGGAGAUGAGCCUUGCUGAUUUCAAGGGCAAAUACCUGGUCCUUUUCUUCUACCCACUGGAUUUCACGUUCGUGUGCCCAACAGAGAUCAUCGCAUUCAGUGACAAGGCCAAUGAGUUCCAUGAUGUCAACUGUGAGGUGGUCGGCGUGUCUGUGGACUCUCACUUCACCCACCUGGCAUGGAUCAACACCCCACGAAAGGCUGGUGGUUUGGGAAACAUCCACAUCCCUCUGCUCUCAGAUCUCAACAAGCAGAUCUCCAGAGACUAUGCUGUGCUGCUGGAAGGUCCAGGAAUCGCUCUGAGGGGCCUAUUUAUCAUUGAUCCAAAUGGUGUGGUGAAGCACAUGAGUGUGAACGACCUGCCGGUGGGCCGCUGUGUUGAAGAGACCCUGCGCUUGGUGAAGGCCUUCCAGUUUGUGGAGACUCACGGGGAGGUGUGUCCAGCCAGCUGGACCCCCGACUCCCCAACAAUCAAACCAACACCAGAUGGAUCCAAGGAGUACUUUGAAAAAGUCAACUGAAAACUUUACAGCAGACUCGGCUGAAACAUGAUACAAAUCUAGAAAUGUACUGAGUUUACACUUUAGCAUAUGCAUUUACUCACACAUCUGGAUACACUAAUAAACAAACUGUAUAAACCACA